AACUGAUUAUGAACCAUGAUGUUAUCACAGCCUCGCAUGCGAGGCUGACAAUGGGAACUGCAGUUUAGGUCCGCCCAGUCGCCCGGAAAAUUUUUGAAAAGUUGCUGGGCCAUUUUCAACAUCGAAUCUGAUCCCAUCAACAGCAUCGCCAGUUUGCAGUUCGCCAUUUAUCUCUCAAUCUUCGGCUCACCGCUGAGCAUAUAGACAAAUUCCACCAAUAUCCAUCUCGGAGACGGAAUACUGAGCCAUGGCCGACCAAGAUGCGCAGAAUGGAGAGGAGGUGACGAGGUCCGGUGGACAGGUGCAAGUCCACUUUGUGACCGAGGAGAAGGAAUUCGAGCUCGAGGAGUCCAAGAGAGUCCUCCUCGUCCCUACUGGUAAGAAUUAACCCAUUUCAUGCUUCUCUAUAGCCAUGCUAACCCCUCCUCGCAGACAUCCGUCGUUACAAUCUCUCUCAAAUCCUCAACUCCCCCGCCAUGCUCGAUCUCCCCACCCCCACCCCAUUUGACAUCCUCAUCAACGGCACAUUCCUCCGCACCACCCUCGCCGAGUACCUCGUCUCCGCCGGCCUCUCCGCCGAAACAACCCUAACGCUGCAAUUCCUCCGCUCCAGCAUCCCCCCCACCUUCACCGCGGCCUUCGAGCACGACGACUGGGUCGCAGCCGUGGACGUCCUCUCCGCCACCUCCCCCCACUCCUCCGCCUACGAAAAGGACCCCCGAAUCCUCUCCGGCUCCUACGAUGGCCUCCUCCGCAUGUGGUCCCCCUCCGGAACCGUCAUCGCCACCUCCCCUGGCGCCUCCAACGGCGGCCACACUUCCUGCAUCAAAGCCGCCAAGUUCCUCUCCCCCACCACCCUCGCCUCCGCCGGCCUCGACCGCACAGUCCGCAUCUGGUCGUACGCUGACGCCACCGGCCCAGACGCGCAGGGCAAGCUAACCCCCACCCUCGCGCUGUACGGACACACCCUUCCCAUCGACUCCCUCGCCGCGCACACCCCUUCCAACCGCCUCCUCUCCGCCUCGGCAGACGGCUCCAUUGGCCUCUGGACACCCAACAAAUCCGCUCCCGCUGCCCCCGCCGCGCUCCUCCCUGGCUCCGCGCCUUCCGCCAAGAGGAGGAAAAUGAACGCUGCUGUUGAUGUUCUGGCGCGCGGCGCGACUAGCAUGAUGGCUGUGCACACGGCGCCUGCUACGGGAGUGGUGUUCCAUCCUGAUGAUGCUACGGCUGCGUAUUCCACUUCGUUGGAUCAUACUCUCAAGACGCUUGAUCUCGCGACUGGGAACGUGGUUGAUACGCGCGCGACUGGACAUGCGCUGCUGUGCUUGACUACCCUUGCGCCUGGUGGAAGGGGACAUGUUGUAGCGGUCGGUUCGGCGGCGAGGCACAUUACGCUUAUUGACCCGAGGGCUGGAGGCGUGGUGAUGACGCUGCGUGGAAACAAGAAUAAGAUUGCAAGUCUGGCGCGGGAUCCGUCGAGUGCGUUUGGCCUGGUUAGUGGUGCGCAUGAUGGAACAGUUAGGGUGUGGGAUGUGAGGUCCUCGAGAGACGGGAAUCUUGAUGAGGGCGGACGGGUGGGCGAGGCGGUGUUUGUGGUUGGCCGUGAUGGCGCGGGGAAGAGCAAGGUCGGUGGUGAGGGCGAGAAGGUGUUUGGUGUUGUGUGGGACCAGACUGUGGGUAUUGUGAGUGCGGGUGAGGAUAGAAGGGUGCAGAUUAACGCACCGGCGAAGUUGGAGAAGUCGUAGGCGUUGAGACGGGGGGAUGAUACCCGGUAAUUGGUGGAUUGGAUGUUGCAUAGGUUGGAGUAAAUGGUGUAAUAAAUCUACGG